AUUUUGGACCUCGAAGUUUCAUUGUUCCAAAGGUUACAAGUCUAGCGAGCGAGCUUCGACAUAAUGCAUGGCUCGUGGGACCUGUUUCGAAGUGACGGAGGUAUUGACUUGGUCCCCGAGUUAUCACUAUUGAUUGUACAGCAAGUCGUGGAUGAAUGUCCGAAUGCCAUCAGAUCUCUGCUACUUCUGUCAAAGGUUCAUGGCCGCUCACCUUUCCGAUGCAUUGCACCACCUAACCUUCGUACAGUCGUUCCACUCCUUACUUAGAAGAUACGAAAAGUCAAUCACUCGCCGUGUCUCGUACAAUGAUCAGCGACUAGCAUAUACGAACAACGACGAACUGAUAAUCCUCUCAUCCCGACUGCCACCAAGAGAUAACCCAGUCAGAGCACUCUCGUAUCCAUGGCUUUCUGAGCUGCGAUGCCGUAGUACAAUCAUCGACUUCCUUGCCAACCACAAUAUCACCCAGAUGGUGGAUCACACCAAUGACUGGCCGACCUUGGACGUUCCAAAAGCAGAGCUCCAAUGCCGUCUGGACUUAUUCAAGCGAAAGGCUUUCUUGCUACUGUACCGACUUGCAGAUUGUGCGGUUGGACUUGAUAGAACUGGAAACAUUCGCGCUCGACAAUCCUUGUUUUUAGACAAUCUCUCCACCCAUGAAUUAGCCACGCUUGGGAUUAUGGUCGAGGUGAUUGGGCAGGGGUACUUUACCUUGACGAAAGCUUUAUUAUUCUCGGAGCAUCGGAACAAUGACGUUCUUUUGGCAUCCAUUUCGGAGUCGUCCUACUUUUAUUCUCCGAAUUCUGUCCCGUACAAUGACACGAUGAACGACAACUGGAUCCGAGAGUGUAUGUGUGUUUUUGAGGACCUGACGCAAAGGCACGGGCCAUAUUUUGCCUGGGCAUACCUUGCUGGGUCGGACGAUAUAACGAGAAGACUAGAUUUGUGGGCGAGGUCAGAAUUAAAGCAAGGGUUGGACGAUAUGAACGCCUUCGAGUUGGGGUAUACGAUGUCAUUUGCGAGCUUGCAGAGUGUGGUAUGGAGAAUCUUCUGUAAAAAGGCCAACUGCAGCCUCCAGGAUAGCUGGACUCCAGCCAAGGCCAUGAUCGAGGCUGAGCUGGUACAGUACAAAAUUGAUUGAAUGGAAGCGUGUCGGGACAGCGACUUGAUGCUCACGAGACAUUAAAAUAGACUAGAGACAGUGGUAUUA